AUGUCGGUGGCUUUUGCACCUCACAGACAACGCGGAAAGGGUGAUAUAACACCCGCAGGAAUUCAAAAGUUACUGGAUGAAAAUAAUCAGUUGAUUCAGUGUAUAAUGGACUUCCAAAGCAAAGGAAAAACAGCUGAAUGUUCACAGUAUCAGCAGAUGCUUCACAGAAAUUUGGUUUACCUGGCUACAAUUGCAGAUUCUAACCAGAAUAUGCAGUCUCUUCUGCCUGCACCACCCACUCAGAACAUGCCCAUGCCUGGUGGAAUGAGCCAGAGUGGCCCCCCUCCUCAGCCCCCACAUGGCCACAGCAUGUCCUCUGACGGCCCCCCCGCCCCGCACAUGCAGACACAGAUGAAUGGACAGAUGACUGGGCCAAACCACAUUCCAAUUCAAGGCCCAGGUCCGAACCAGCCUCCCAACAUGACCAGCAGUUCCAUGAAUAUGCCGCCUAGCAGCCAUGGCUCCAUGGGGGCUUACAACCACACUGUGCCCUCCUCACAAGGCAUGCCCGCUCAAGGUCAGAUGAAUAUGAGUCAGGGUCAGCCUAUGGCCAACUACGGCCCACGGCCCAACAUGAGUAUCCAGUCCAGCCAAGGUCCAAUGAUGCACCAGCAAUCUCCAUCUCAGCAGUACAGCAUGCCCCCUGGUGGCGGAGGGCAGCAUUACCAAGGCCAGCAGAACCCUAUGGGCAUGAUGGGUCAAGUGAACCAGGGAAACCAUGUGAUGGGCCAGAGACCCAUGCCUCCGUACAGGCCACCACAGCAAGGGCCACCCCAGCAAUAUCCCAGUCAAGAGGACUUCUAUGGGGAGCAGUACAGCCAUGGAGGACAGGGUGCACCUGAGGGAAAUCCCCAGUAUGGCCAGCAACAGGAUACCUAUCAACAAGGCCCUUCUCAGCAACAAGGCUACCCACCCCAGCAACAGUAUCCCGGGCAACAGGGCUAUCCCCCACAGCAACAGGGCUAUGGUCCGGCUCAGAGUGGCCCAGGUCAGUACCCUAAUUUCCCUCAGGGCCAGGGGCAGCAGUACGCAGCCUACAGGCCCCCCCAGCCCGGCCCACCCCAGGGCCAGCCGCAACGCCCCUACGGCUACGACCAGGGUCACAUGAGGAAAUAAAGGACCAUGCUUAUCAAGCCUGACUAGAUCUGUAACAAGCCAAGGGUCAGUAUGGAAACUACCAGCAGUGAAUUACAGGCAUUGCACUUCCUAUUGGAGCGAUCCCCAGAGUACACUAUCUCUGGACCUGCAGAAGGGCUACUGAUCCCCAAGACUCCUCCUCUAUAACCACACACGCACACACUACUGCUCCCCGAGACUCCCCCUCUAUACCACACACACACACACACACACACGCAGAUACAUACACACAAACACAGAAACAUACACACCCUCUUACACCUAUACAGAAUCCAAUUGGUUUUCAGAAUCAUUCAGUGGAGCUAAAAGCUUGAUUUGGUUUUUAGCACAGCCAACACAGCUUCACAAAAUCUAUAAUUAUUUUUUCUCUUAUUUAUUGGGUGGCAUAACUUGAUAAGAUUUUAAUUGAGUUGUGAGAAUUCAGAGGCCGUCAUUGAAUUCCUAUUGCUCUGCAUGUAUGAGGUUGGCAAAAAGCUGCUUGGAAGCAGCGAUGCCUUAAAAAAAAAAAAAAAAAGAAAAGAAAGUCAAAAUCGCCUUAUAUUUUCAGCACACGAUUCUUUUUUGACCUGAAUUUUCGUAUUCAGCAGGAUGACCACCCUGGUGUUUCCGCCGCACUGUAUGAGUCACCAUCUGCUUUCUCCUUUUGUGCAAACAUCUAAAAAAACAAAAAAACAAAAAAAAAGCAAUAAGGCUUAGGGCAGAGGGGUAGGCUGGGACAGAGGGAGCUUCCACCAGGAGAACCCUUCACCUGUGUCAAGGUCAAAUCUGUGUCAGGAUGUACAAAUGUAUUUUAUGCUUUUGACAGAGAGCUCAAUUUGUACUGAAAUUUUUUUGAGGUAGUAAUGAAUAUUGUUUCCUUGUCUGUGUGUGUGUGUGUGUGUGUGUGUGUUUUUUUCCCUUCUCUGGUGUCUGUCCUAAUGAAAUGUACUUUUUCAUUUGUUGCAUUGUCCCAUACUAAGCGUUUAAUGUCUUUGGUGUAUGUAUGCCGUGUUGAACUUUGAUGGAAGCCAUCUGCUACUGUACAGGCUUGUGUUUUUGUCAUCCGUGUGGGCUUUAUCCUUGUUCAGGUGUAUCUUAUCACUUGUACAGAAAGACAGCCCCCCAGAAAUGGACCAUAAAGUCUCAUUUGAAAUGUUACUGGCACAAUUUAAACAUUUUGUUUUUGUUUUGUUUUAGCUUUGUUUUGUUUUCCAGAGAUUUGGCACAAAGGGUGCUUGAGUAUAGUUGUUGAGUAUGAAAAUGAUGAAAUGAUAGUGAUGAAAAUUAUGAAAUGAUAGUGAUGAAAAUGAAGUGGAGAAAGAUUGAAAACAGAUCUCAUCUUCACUCCAGAUGAUGUGCAUUAUAAAAAAAACAAAACAGUCACAUAUUUUAAGUGAUGAUCUGUGUGGCUGCUUGCAUGGUUUGUCUUUACUCCUCAUACCUGUAUAAACGCCCUUAAAACACAAACACCCGGUGAGUCAAGUUCAGCAACAGAUUUAACCCCUGGAUGGCAAUUUUUGUUUAAAAUCAAUUUGUAUUUUUUUUUUUUUGUUAAGACAUCUGUAAUUGUUAGUUCAAUAGAGAAUGAAUUCAAAUGUGAAACUGCCAUUUAUUUACAAUAUUAAGUCGAACUCUAAGGAAUAUUGAACUCAUAUGCACCACACAUUGAUAAUCUUUGCUUUAUGUUGUACUGUCAAAUGCUUGGACCACAAAACAUUAUACAUGGAAUUAUAUUGUUAAUGAUUUUAUGAUGAUUUUAAAAAUGUUGCUCUGGAACCUGCGGCAUAUGUGCAGAUGGCUUUUAAAACUGGAGUUUCACAUACAGUCAGACAGGAGAGGUCAGGCAGAGGACUACACACACACACACGCACACAC